AUGGCGGCACCCAUUGAAGUUAACAAUGAAAUAUUUUCGACAGUUGUUCACACAGAUCUUGAAAAUAAAGGCAACAAUUGUCACUUUAUUAAAGGCCAUUAUGACUAUAUUCAUUAUGGUUGCAAUAUGUUUGAUGAUAGGGGAUGGGGUUGUGGAUACCGAACUCUACAGACACUUUGCUCUUGGGUGAAACAACAGAGGACCUCAACUGGUCAGGCUGCCCGGGAGGUUCCCUCUAUUCUGGACAUUCAGCAAGCUCUAGUCACAAUGGGGGAUAAGCCUGCCAGAUUUCUAAACUCUCGAGAAUGGAUUGGGUCUUUUGAAGUGUGCCUGUGUUUAGACUAUUUUUACGACGUCCCAUGCAAAAUCAUUCACAUCAACUCAGGUUCAGAGUUACCUCAAUAUUUAAAUGAAAUUGCUGAGCACUUCAAACAAUUUGGAUCUCCUAUUAUGAUGGGUGGUGAGAGUGACGCUUCUUCUAAAGGAAUAUUUGGAGUCUGUUUGGAUCGUCCAGCUCUACUUAUACUGGAUCCCCACUAUUAUGGUCCCACACAGAGCCGAAAUUUCCUGCAGCAAAAUGGUUGGGUGGCAUGGCAUCCCAUGGAGACAUUCUCACAUCACACAUUCUACAAUCUGUGUCUACCACAAUUGAAAGCAAACACGUUAACAUGAUGACAACAUUACUUUAGUUGUUAAAUAUAUUAUGUUUGAUGUUUUAUUGUUAUAAUAAAUUUACUAUGCAAAACUGCAUAUUGGUUUUUUGUACCCCGCCGUUUGGUGCAGUUUAUUUAACAGUUAAAACUAAGAUUGGGAUAAGUAUUGUAUGGACUACCGUACCUUACUAUGUAUAACAUACAGUUUGUAUCCUCCAAAGUUGAAUUAAAAGAGUUGGUCCGCAUAUGUUACAGUACACACAAGAAUCACGAUUAACAACUACCAAUAGUUCUUAAGUAACUGUCACAACAAGAUGUAAAGCGAAAUGGCAGGACAGCUGCUUAGCACCAGGAUAAUC